AUGUUUUCGUGUUGUCUCCCCGUGUCCCGAGGCCGAUGCCUCCAGAGAGGCAGCGAGGAGAGUGUGUUUAGUCGUGGCCGCCGCUGGAUCCGGACCCGGACUCAGCGCAAAGGACGCCUGUGGCCCUUUUCCCGGCGGCGGCGCUCAGAGAGCUCAACCCUGGUCAACGAUUGGAUGAAUAUGAUCGUGGAGCAGCCGCAUCUGUUCUAUGAAUACCCCCGCCCCAUGUGCCUCAGGGAGGGGCUGGUGAGCCACACCGCUUUGGGCCAGCGCAGGCCUGAAGUGCGUGUGGCCACCUGGGGGUCUGGGGAGCCAGGGCCCAUGGGUGCAGGGAGAUGGACUCCUCCACCCGAGCCACACAGGCCCCACCAGCCUCCGACCCGGAAGCCGUUCAGUCCCAACAGGCAGAUGGCACUUUUCAACUCGGGGCUCCCGUGCUUUGUCCCGUGGCUAGAAGACCUCCUGCAGCCCAUGGAAGCAGAGCCCAAGGCACCAGCCCAGGGGGCAGACGUGGCUCCUCCUGUAACACCCCAAGUCCACCCUGAGGAGCUGGAGGCAGAGCUGGAGGCAGAGCUGGAGGCACAGCUGGAGGCAGAGCUGGAGGCAGAGCUGGAGGCAGAGCUGGAGGCGUGUGAACCUCCAGAGCCCGUGCCACCUCCAGCAGCCUCUCCAGCUGCAGCUGUGGAGCCAGGGCCGGCCCCAGACACAACUGAGGCCCCACCAGCGCUGGAAGAAGAACCCUCCCCAGGACCCUUGCUGGUUCCUGCCUCAGAGGAGGAGCUGCCUGUGGAGGAGCCAACUCAAGGGCCGCUUGUUGAAUGCCCUCACCCCGUCCCAAGGAAAGAACUUGUCGUCCCCCGCCUUCUUGAUAUUUCCAUUUUCUUUACUGCUCUUAUUUUGUCUUUAUGUUCUCCAUGGCUUUCUGGUUUAAAUGAAAGUUCUUUUAGCCAGAAGAAAGCAGAUACUGGAUACUCUAAAGACAAGUGUGACAUUUAA